AUGUCCUCGCCAAGUUCGAACAGCCUUCAUAAUACCUUAAUAGAACCCUCCCCACCAUCCGUAGCCAUUCAGCAUGGUUUAACAACCCGGCACAAUUGGGAGUUGCCACUAGCCAAAGACCAAGUGACAUUCAUUGAUCACGACUGCCGAAUGGAUAGGGAGGGUUAUCCACUUUACCCCAAUCAAAAUACUACCUUUGUACUCCAGCCAGGUGCUCAGAUCACCAAUUUUGGGAACGUCGGCUAUUCAAAGACUACCAGCAAUGAGAAGAGUAAGGACAACAGAUGGAAAGUCAUCCGGGUCCGCUGCUUGGGUGUCUUGCUCUGCAAUUCCGAAGAAUGUGACUAUGCCGGGCCUCCACCAACUGGACAAGGGAAGAUAGAGGAGUUGAUUGGAAGUAAUCCAACUUGUCCGGCAUCCGGUGGCACUGGUUGGGGUCUCCUACGACACACAGGGUUCCACAACCACCCAUGGCCAGACCCCAAGAAGCCCGAUCCUCUGGCAAAGAAGAUGCUGGCCUUGGAGAUAGCUAAAAACCCAAAGGCUGGCGCCCUCCAAUUAAAGGUUGGGGAUCCCAACACGUCACACGAGCCAUACAGCAGUGUAAUAGAUAUCCAUGAAUCACUUGGGAACUCAGACCGACUCCGGUACUACAGAUGUGAGGUCCUUGAAAGGAUGGACCUGGUCCCUAACAAGUCAGGCGGAGGGGACAAAUUCUUACACGAUAUGUUCUUGUGGCACCAGCGGGGAUUGGAAGUCAUCUCCUCAUUGUUCAGCUCAGACAGCGAGCACUUUACAUUUCAGACCGCAUGGAUGGCUGCUAGGCUAUUGGAUCACACGCAAGAAGAAAACGGAUCGACGUACUAUAAAGGCGGUUUGAUUUCCGAUGUCACAUACCGCUUUUUUGACACAGGAUACUUGCUCACUACUUCAAUGUAUUGUCAGCAAAUCAAUCGAUGGAUUCCAAUUCAACUUAGCUGGAUACGUGGUUUGUCUGAGAAUUACUACAAGAUUCACUUUGCAACUCUAUUCCGUCAAUUCAUGCGACCCGAAAUCCUAGAUGAGGACCGGAAAGAUCUGGCCAGGAACAUUGUCGAUUUCUCCAAGGCUCAAUCAGAAGGAUUCAUAUCAGCAUAUCUGGAAGUCUUUGGUGGGACGGACCGAGUCGAAGCACGUAACAAACUCAAAGGCUGUAAGCAGCAUUAUCGUGCCUCCAUCACCCGCAUCAAACGCAACCGUGCCGUUAUCAUGGCAGAUGAGGUUUCUGUCUUUGAAAGGAUGUGUGAAUCCUUGUUGGUAACUUCAAAGGAGGGAAGCCCGACACAUGAAGAAAAGAUAGAUGAGAUUCGGCACCAAUUCCCAAAGGUGAAGAAGUGGAUCGACUGGUGGACAAUGGCUGAUGUCGAAGCCAUGUUGUUUCCAGGCCGGCAUGGAAGGUCAGAAGAUAGCCCCAAUGAGCUCUCCGGCCUCCCCGAUACAACCAAUGCUCAAGAAAGCAUGCACAGGGUGUACUACAUGUUGAGCACCGGUAAGAAGUCCUUGAUGAUCGGGUUGAUUGAACUCUUCGCUUUUGUGAAGGCCCUAGAAAGGGACUGGGAACAUGUCCAACGUGGAAUGACGAUAGCUUAUGGCUCCCUUCCAAGCAAGCAGGUAGAUGUGGCACAGUCAAUUGGGUGGACCAAGCUUACCAAGCGCCAAAAAUCUGCUGUCAACGAUGGACGACCCCCCGAUACAUCGGAACAGCUCCUUUCAGACUUGGAACAUGCACCCAAACGAGGAAAAUUGGGCCGGCCGAAAAAUUCACCAAACAUUAUCAAGAACACACCAGCCACUUACGUCUCUUACGUUGCCUCAAUUCAGCCCAAAUCUCGUAAUCGGUGUUGGUUGGCUGCGGCCUUAGAGUCAUUGUAUGCUGUUUACAGCCCCCUCUGGCUGCGAGAACCUGGCGGGAAGACAGAUGAUCUGUUUUUCUUUCUGGUUUCUCAUUUCACCUGUUGGACAACUUACGAGAUGACAAGAAGCACCCAAGUGCGAUCAAUCCUGACUCAAGGCUCAAACAAGCUCUUCAACGAGGUCCACAAACGUUUUCCAGAAAGCUUUGUCUAUGGGGAUUUUGCAUCUUUGGAUUUCUUUGUGGAGCUGAUGCUGGAUCCGACCCGAAACAAGUCGAAAAUGUUACCAAAACUGUUUCAGGUUGAAGAGAAUCGCAAAUUCACCUGUAGUUUCCACCCCGGUCAGCAGGAACAUCCACGUGGAUCUCGUACCCUGAGUGUCCUCAAGAUAACCAAAUCCAUGUUUGAUGCAAACAACAUUGGGUAUUCAAACUUCGUUGACCUUUUCAAUCAAUGGACUAGCAGUGGUCUUCUUGGAGUUUCUGGACUUCAGUGUCGCAAAUGUAUCAGCAAAUCACGUCAGGACAACCAGCCAUCCCCCAACACACCCACGGUCCAAAGCUAUCUGAACGAGCAAUCAACUCUAUCCUUUCUCGGCGAUACCGCUCCGGCUCAUCUAUACUUCCAUGUUGAAGUUGCACCAAUCUUGUCAAGGGACACCCAACGGGAGAUCAUGGGUGGUGUUAAUUGGCCCUUCAAGCUAACAUUCAAAGGCGAAGAGUACACCUUGAUAUCACGUGGCUUUUGGACCGGCGCCCACUACUGGGGAAAGGUUUUACGGCAUUUCAACGGACUCACCGGUGUAUGGUUGCACGACGACCACCUCAAUGGAGGGUUUGCCCAGUUGGUUAGCCAGGUUCCAGGAAGUAUUAGUGGUGCACUCCCAGACACCAGCUCGCUAAUCUACUCUCGGUGCUGGACACCAAAUGAGACUCAGUUUAUAGACGAAAGCAUUGUCAAGAUCAAGAGAGACAACCCUAAGGUUACCAUCUCUGACAUCCCGUUUGUGAAUAUGCAAGCAGUGAUUUGUUCUGCUUUUGAUUCGGCAUUACCUCAUCUGAUUGGCAAUCCAAUUUCACCCCCCGAGCCUGUUCCCUACGUCAAGAUCACAUUACCGGAUGAUGACUCCCAACCAGACGGUCAUCAGAUGGAAAUCGACGCGGAAGAUUGCAAAGAUGUGACACUUGAUCCGCCAUCAGAAAAGAGCUUGAAGAUUCGCAUCAAGAGGACCAAACGAACAAAUCAAGACGUCCUUGAUUCGGUGAUUCCGCUAAAUUCAGAUCUACUACAUGUAUCUGGUGCGCCAAUGGCGUCUUUGACCCCAUCUAUCCCGAUUGAAGUCCCACCCAAGACCAUCCCUGCCACCACCCAAGCCAAGCGAAUGAAGACGACCAGAGUGCGGAAAGACCUUCCAAAGGUCAAGGUUAACCAAAAGAAACAAUUUUUUCUGGCCCCUUUGACUAGUGCCGACUGGAACCGUCUUGCAAGUGCUAGUCGGGCCUAUUGGGACGAGCACUGGGAGGCAGAAGGGAUUAACGACUCUACGGUUAAACCAUUCGCCAGCGCUGCCAACGUGGAUUUGAAUUCACUGCAUCGGCCAACUAUCGGUUGA